AUGUCUUCUUCCAUUAUCAGUUUCUCGCCCUGGAGGAGCAGGUCCUCUAGCCUCUCCUCGCAGCCAACCCGCCGACAGUCCUCUCAUGACGACGUGGCAGAAGCCGCAACCGCCCGUGACGACUCCGCCCAACGCUUGUCGUCCUCUGUCGGAUCUCCAAAGGCCUGUCGGGAACCAAUCCGAUCCUAUCUUCAUGCUUCGGUUCGAGGACAACUGGCUCCCGUCGACAGCAGCCAGAAUGCACGAACUGUUCGUGAAGACACUGCCGAACUCGCUAGCUACUUGUUGUCCGAUGGCACCACUCCUAGAAUCCCAUCAUUCUUGCAGCGGAGCAAAGUGUCGGCGCAGGAUCUCUUGUCACCGGCCCAGGAUGCACACAAGCGAGCCGAAGACGAGGCCACGGCGUCUGCCACCAUCCUGGAAGUAUCAGAACCAACCUCUCCGGAAGAGCGAAGCGCAGACGCUGCGGCGGUCACUACGAUUGAAGAUACGGGACCUUCGGUGCUGUCUAAUCUUCUGAAGAGGUUGCCAUCACGCUCUGCGGCCGUUGACGCUCCCAAUUCAACCGAGCAGCCACCCGUCGAGCCGAGACAACGAUGGAAACCUUCCCAAGAGGAGCAAGACCAGCCCAGGCCGUCUGAGCAAACUCCCAUUGCCACCGAGCAGACGCCUCUUUUAGGUCACGUAUCGGACGAAAGCGAUGAUAUCGGCGACCUCGAGGGACAAAAGGACAAGUCAAGGAGGUGGUACGCCGGAUUUGUCGAGAAGCGCCAGAAAAUCGAGGGCCACGUGUCCCACGCAGUCAAGGUAGCAGUGAACCCGCGUCGAUGGGAUCGCAAAGCAUUGUGGCAUAACAUGGUUGUGGAACCUGCCUCAUGCGUUCCGGCUGUUACCGUUGGGCUCUUGCUCAAUAUCCUGGAUGCCUUAUCCUACGGAAUGAUUUUGUUUCCCCUCGGGAAGGAGUUAUUUUCGCAUCUGGGCUCUGCGGGCAUCUCCGUUUACUACGUCAGCACCAUCGUGGCUCAAGUCACCUUCUCGUCUGGCAGCAUUUUCAGAGGUGCUGUUGGGUCUGAACUGAUCGAAGUUGUUCCCUUCUUUCACAACAUGGCGCAAAGGAUUAUGGACAAUAUAGGCGAAGACAAGCCGGACGCCGUCAUAGCCACCACCAUUGUUGCGUACGCCGCGAGCUCCAUCAUGACCGGCUUGGUCUUUUAUCUCAUGGGUAAAUUCAAGUUUGGCUACAUGGUGGGUUUCAUUCCCAGGCACAUCCUCAUCGGCUGUAUCGGCGGUGUUGGCUGGUUCCUGGUUGCCACUGGAUUCGAGGUCUCGGCUCGUUUGAACGGUAUCGAGUACAACCUGGAUACUCUGAACAAGCUGACACAGACCGACACCCUCCUCCUAUGGAUCAUUCCACUCGUCUUGGCUAUUUUCCUGUUCUACGGACAGUCAAGGAUUCGAUCCAAGUACUUCCUACCGCUUUUCAUUCUAGCCAUUCCACUGAUAUUCUACAUCCUCGUCUUGUCCAUUAACGCUUUGGAGACGGACGCCUUGCGUGACAAGGGGUGGAUAUUCGAGGGCCCGCCAGCAGGUGAGCCGUGGUGGUACUUUUACACGCUGUAUCAGUUCAAUUUGGUCCAAUGGGAUGCUAUCCUCGAGGUUGUGCCUGCAAUGAUGGCCUUGACCUUUUUUGGUAUCCUCCACGUCCCCAUCAAUGUACCCGCAUUAGCUUUGAACACGGGAGAGGACAACGCAGAUCUUGACAAGGAGCUCAAACUUCACGGCUACUCCAACAUCUUGUCUGGGUGUAUGGGUAGCAUCCAGAACUACCUUGUCUAUGCCAACACCAUAUUCUUUGUACGUUCUGGCGGAGACAGCAGGCUUGCAGGUUUCAUGUUGGCCGCCGCCACGUUCGGCGUCAUGAUGAUUGGGCCAUCACUGAUUGAGUUCAUCCCAGUCAUGAUGGUGGCAACCCUCAUCUUUGACCUGGGAUUCGAACUUCUCCUGGAAGCAAUCUGGCUUCCGCGCAAAAAGCUCAAAGUUGCCGAGUACUUGACCGUCAUUGUCAUAGUCCUCGUCAUGGGCAUUCACGACUUUGUAGUCGGUAUUGGAGUCGGAAUCCUGCUGGCUUUUGUUUCGCUGAUUAUUCAAACCUCUCGGGUCUCAGCUGUCCGGGGAACAUAUGACGGUGGAAUCGUCAGCUCGACAGUUCGACGCAACCCGGCACAACACCACUAUCUACACCAGGUUGGCCAGCAGAUUUACAUCAUGAAACUGACCGGAUACCUCUUCUUCGGAACCAUUGUCAGUGUUGAGGAAAACAUUCGAGCGCUGCUGGACGAUCACGCCUUCUCGAAAAAGCCCAUAAAGUUCCUCAUCUUAGACCUGUGGCACGUCACCGGACUGGACUACUCUGCUGGCGAAGCCUUCAACACAAUCAGCCGCCUCCUGGAUAAGAAGGGCGUCCUUUUUGUGCUCAGCGGUGUCGAUGCAGAGAGCCAGCUAGGGCGGAAUCUGCGAGCUGUCGGUCUGGACAACGACAAAAUCGAAGUCAACAUGCUCCCCAACCUAAACUCGGCACUGGAAAGCUGCGAAAACGAACUCCUCAAGACUCUGUACGCCAGACAAGAAGAGCUCAACUCGGCCAAGCGAAAUGCCACGCCGAGUCUCGACGUCCCAACCGUGGCAAACUCGUCAUCACUGUCAUCUUUCGGCCAGCCAUUCAACUCACCGCGACAAUCACAUCUCGUCGAGGCCGCCCGCGAGGCCCUGACGAGGGUCGACAUACCCCACCCUUCCAAAUGGCAAAGCUUCAACGAGCCGCUCCGUCUGAUGCUCCAGAUAUUCCAAAGCUUGAGUGGCAAGAACGAGGACUUUUGGUUCCAAGCAACAUGCUACUUCCAGAGAAAAGAGUACCCCGCAGGAACAAUCCUAUUUCGCCGCGGUGAGAAGGCAACCGGCUUCUUUCUUGUAGAGAGGGGCAUCAUCCGCGCCGAGUAUGACCUGCCGCAGGGCUGGCUUUGCGAAAGCAUAGUCGCCGGCACGACGUGCGGCGAGCUGCCAUUCUUCUCGGAGACGGAACGCACGGCGACGGCAUUGGUGGAGAGGGACUGUGUGGUGUGGCAGAUGGAUUGCAAGUCCUGGCGAAGACUGCAGAAAGAUCAGCCGGGCAUUGCAAGGGAGUUUUUGAGGAUAUCGUUGAAACUGACGAGCGAGAGAAUGAGUUCUAUCACGUCGUAUAUUUUGACCACGGCGGGGUGA